GUAGCUCAGCCAGACUACGCGUAAUAUGAAGCAGCCGCGUUUCCUUUCGGUGCUGCAGGCAGCCAAGCCGCGGAGAGGGGCUGAGCUCCAGCCAUGGGGAGUGUUCUCGGCUCCUCUCAGGUAUUCCUCACAAGGGCAGGUUUCCGGAGGGGGUUAGUGAAGCACGUCGCACAGCAAUUUUAGAAGUUCGGCUGGACGCAAAGUGUAAAACCUGCAACACUUUUUUUUUGUCAUGUGCCACUUUUACGGCUGAGGGAUUUUUACUACCCUGGUAAUCUGCAUAACUUUUGGUACUCAUGUAUGCCAGUCUGUGGAACGAGGUGCGCCGUGGGGAAGAGUGGGUACAGGCUCAUUUGCCCUUUUCUUCAGUUGGCUUUACCGUGGGACUCGACUUAUGCCCACACAUGGCAUUUUAUUUACAAACUUGUGAAUUUUAACCCUUGGGUUUGAGGCUGGGCACUUCAUCAAAGUCAGCUGCCCACACCGCCUGCCACGCAAGCAUUCCAUGACAGUCGUCAGCACCGAGGGAAUAAAUCGGAUUUUUUUUUUUCCUGGUUUGAUAACCUACAGCUAUUUUAAUUUUUUUUUUCAGAUCAUAAUUUUUAUUCUCAAAACAUGAUGAAAAUAAGGAAACAUUUAAGAGGCAGCGGGAGGGUGCUCGCUUUUAUCUUUUUCGCCUCCGUCCUCUGGUUACUUUUUGACAUGGCAGCGCUGAGGAUUUCAUUCAGUGAAGCAAACAGCAAACUUAACAAGAAAGAGAUGAAGCUGUUGGAGAAAGUAAGGCAAGGACAAAAGGAGCCCGCCAGCCAUGCGCCUCUGUUAAGGAAACGACCCAUCGGGUUGCUGUCGAGGAAAGAGGACAGACCCCGAGUGGAAGCGGGCGAGCGCGUCGCUCCCCCGAAACUCGACAAACUCCAAAAGAAGAAAGGCAAAGUCUUCUUCGCCGCCGAUGCUGCUGUAGGCGGUGGGACUCCAGUCGGUAACGCGCAACUUGUGCUAAACAAGACUGGGGGGGCAGAGAAAGCCAGAACAUCCCCCCACGUGCUCGAUAAAGAAAGACAGCCCAAGGUAUACAAUAAAACCGAGUCCGAGAUACAGCGAAAUAAACCCACUGGCUUCAGCAAAGAUGCGACACCGGGACGCGCGCAACAGGGGAACAGGUCCUCGCACUCGCCAGGAAAUCCUAAAGUGGCUCUCGGCACCGCCAAAGACUCCAAACAAGCCACGGAGCAUGUUGUACCCGCCACCGGACACGACCAUAAAAAACUGGGGCAGAAUGAAAGCCUUGGGGCCGAGCCAGAGAGCGAAGGGAAAGCGUCGCGACUGGUGAUUAAAGCCGAACGCAGCGCGCCUAAUAAGACACAAGGCUCGCGGGAUGAGAACGCGGCGAAGUUCGGCGUCGGCCCUCCGGGGAUCAGCGAGCGCAACAUCACCGGGGCUCCUAAUAAGGUGACUCGGCUCGACACAGGGAAGCAUAAAGUACUGCCAGUCGACCUCACCAGCAAUCCAAGAAACCCCGAAGCCCCAGGUCAGUUCGGGCGUGCGGCGGUAGUGCCGAUGGAGGACGAGUUGAAAGCCAGGCAGAGAUGGAAAGAGGGCCAUUUCAACGUGUAUUUGAGCGACGUGAUUCCCGUAGACCGAGCGAUUCCAGACACCAGACCAGCUGGGUGCUCUGAAAAUCUGGUGCACAAUGAACUCCCCACUACCAGCGUAAUAAUAUGUUUUGUUGAUGAGGUUUGGUCAACACUGUUAAGAUCUGUUCACAGUGUUCUCAACCGCUCACCAUCUCAUCUAAUUGAAGAGAUUAUUUUGGUUGAUGACUUCAGUACUAGAGAUUACCUGAAAGACAACUUGGACAAGUAUAUGUCUCAGUUUCCUAAGGUGCGCAUCCUUCGUCUGAAAGAGAGGCAAGGUUUAAUCCGUGCUCGACUUGCAGGAGCUGCAGUUGCUAAAGGUGAUGUUCUGACAUUCCUGGAUUCACAUAUUGAAUGCAAUGUGGGUUGGCUGGAGCCACUUUUGGAACGCGUGCAUUUGGAUAGAAAAAAAGUGGUGUGUCCAGUAAUUGAAGUAGUAAAUGACAAGGAUAUGAGUUAUAUGAUAGUUGAUAACUUUCAACGAGGAAUUUUCAAGUGGCCUUUGGUCUUUGGCUGGAAGGUAAUCCCAGAAGAUAUUGUCAGGAGAGAAAAUAUAAAGGAUUCAGAUCCAAUAAGAUGUCCUGUUAUGGCUGGGGGUCUGUUUUCAAUAGAUAAAACAUAUUUCUAUGAGCUUGGAACCUAUGACCCUGGCCUUGAAGUAUGGGGUGGUGAAAACAUGGAAAUCUCUUUCAAGGUCUGGAUGUGUGGAGGAGAAAUUGAGAUCAUUCCAUGUUCCAGAGUGGGCCACAUUUUUAGGAAUGAUAAUCCAUAUACAUUUCCAAAGGAUAGAAUUAAAACAGUUGAACGGAAUUUGGCUCGGGUUGCUGAAGUGUGGCUGGAUGAGUACAAGGAACUGUUUUAUGGCCAUGGAUAUCACCAUUUGCUAAAUAAAAAUCACAUUGAUAUUGGAGAUUUGACAGAGCAGAAGAAACUCCGUGAAAAUCUGAAAUGCAAAAACUUCAAAUGGUACCUUAAUAAUGUUUAUUCGGAUUUGGAUGCACCCUUAUUACGAGCUGAUGGUUUGCUUUUCAACAGUGGAAUCAGAAAAUGUCUUACAAUACAAAACCAUAUUCCUUCAUUUGAAGUUUGCAAUACCAGCAAUCAGAUACAACAUUUGAACUACACUUGGUUAAGAUUAAUUAGGCAACAGGAUAACUGUUUAACAAUAAUGGACUCAAAUGGGGCUCUUGGCUUGGAACAGUGUGAUAAUGCAAAACAUCAUAUUCGGUGGCUUCACAGAUCCCUGAUUUCUGAUCCAUUAUUAACAGACCAUUUAAUUUUAGAACAUCUUCAACGCCCUAUGUGUUUAGAAGCUAAACCAACAGAGAAGAUUCCAUAUUUGCAACUGUGCAAUCCAAGCAAUCCAUUCCAGAAAUGGCAGUUCACAAAUUAUUUUGUACAAUAAUAAUACAACUAGUUGAUGGUCCACAAAGACUUUAAGUGAAGAUCUCAAUUUUGAAGAACUUUUUAUUUACAUGCCAUACCUGCUUAUGGUUAAAGAAGAACUUAUUGACAAGAGUGUACAUAAUUUAUGUAACUAAAUUAUUUGUGUUUUGGUUUAGGUUUAGUUAGCUGGACUCAACAAUGUAGAAUAAAUGUACUGUAUUUAGGUGGGGGAGACUAUUUAAGAAUAUCUUGGAAAAAGUUCUUACUCUUGCUGCUUUUUUGUACAGUUCACAAUGGUUUUUCAUGCAAUUUUCUGACCCAUCAUAUGUUAAUUAUUGGAGUUAUUAAAGAAAUUACUUUUAUUUGAAAAGCUACAUUCUUUGCUGUACUCUUUUUAUUGACUAUGGUCUAAAGUGUAAGUAAUUUUGUUAAUUGUGUUUACUGUAUAUUUAUAUGCAUAGUUUGAUAGACAUUCGACUGCAUGGAUGAAGAUGUGGUGCUGAUGUGCUUAUGGAUAAGGGGAAUAAAAUGGAAGUGUGUGUAUGUAUCAUUUAUGUAUAACUGACAGCUAGUGAGAUUUUAUAUUUAUAAAAUAACGUAUAAAUGCAACUCUGCGUUAAUAAACUGGGUUUAGGUGGGUGGGUGGAUGAAUGUUUUACUAUUUACAAAGAAACGCAUCUCAAACCUUUAUUUUCUGCCCUUGUUUUUGAAUGUGAAAAGUCUUAAUGUCUAAACUUUCUCCACUAGAGGUCGCAUUUGUUCAAGAAAUGUGUUUGUAUCUUCUUGCACUGUUACCAAAAUGAAAGAGAGAGAGAAAACUUGUAUUUACAUUUUUAGUAAAAUUGUCUCACCUUAGUAAUUAAAUAAUGUUUGCCUUCUAAUGAUAUGCUGCAUUUUUGUGCCUUAAAUGUCAUGAAUUCCUGGUGAAAUUUAAAGUAUUGCAAUGAUGCUUAAAGAGUUUUAGAAAUGUAUACAAUAUUCUUCAUUAGUAUGUUUUCAUUAAUUAUGUUAAAAUUUGAGAAAAAAAGCCUGAAACUGAUUUGAUCAUAACACGUGCUUGAAAAAUGGUAGCAUUAUGGAGUAGAAUUCUGAAUGUUUAAGUAAAAUAUUUGUACAUUACGUACAAUAGUGCCUUAAAACAAUUGAACUGACCAACUCACUUGCAUCUACAGGGUGGGGCAGAAAUAACUCCCACAUUUCAAAGGGGGAUUGAAAAAAAAUGGUACGAGGUAUCACCAAAAACUUUUUAUUUCCCAAAUGUAGAUAUAAAAAAGUUUUUUUUACUUAUAAGUUUUAAAAAUUAUAUCGUCCAAGUGGUGGCCUUGGUGGCUGAUACACAUUUGGAGCUGUUCUUGGAAGUUUUCCAUCACUCUCACUAGCAUGUCGGGCGAAAUUCCUUCAAUUUCUUCUUGAAUGGCCUCCUUUAGUUGGUCCAAGGACCGAGGACGAUGUUUGAAAACAUCGGCCUUGAGGUACCCCCUUCAGUGCAGAUCCUGUCGUCCUUAGCUCUUUGAACCCACAGCAAAAUCGUUUUACAGUGUGGAACACUUUCAUUAGCACGUAAACCAAACCGCGUGCGAAACGCCUUCUGCGUCACAGUUACAGAUUCGUCAUUUUUGAAAAAAGCCUCCACUACAAAGCCUCGAUGCUCACCCGACCACGGCAUGGUGACGACUGAAAACUUUAUUAUGUACCCUACCUAACGGAACAGACCGCACCCCUCUACCUGCUUUGGGAACCCCACAGUGAUUUUUCGAAAUGUGGGAGUUAUUUCUGCCUCACCCUGUACACAAAUAUUUGCCUUAAUAAAGUAUUUGGAAAUAAAAAAAUAGUACUAGUCUAAAGAAGUACUAAUCUCUUUCAGCUCACAAAAUGUUAUAGGAAUGUUCUCAGAAAGGGGAAUUUACAGUUGCAUUGCAUAGCAAUAAGAGAUUGCCAGAAAGCCAUUAAAAAAAAAAAAAAAACUGGUUAAUAUGAAACUGGCAGCAUUUGAAGCCCUGUACUAGUAAAUGAUUAGUCUUCCUGAAGCAAAGUAUAGGACAAACACCUACAAUUUUUAAAGCUUAUUUGGUAUUGUAAUGUUUUAGCAAUUCAGUGUUUUUUUUUUUUUUUUAUAACAGUAUUGAAAUAUAUUUGAGAACUCCACAUUACAAUAUUUAUGAUAAUUUAUAUAUGUAUCAUAAUUGUGGGCAUUGGGUUAAACAUAAAUGUUGAAUUAAUAUUGCAGUGUAUUUACUGUUCUGAAUGUUUAUACCCAAAAAAAAAGCCCCACAAUUAUUCUUAAAUAAAGAGAUCCGACAAAAGAUUUAUGUAUGAGUUAAUAUAUGUAAUAAACCAUUAUGCACUGAAUAUUCUAUUCUUCUACAGUAUGGCAGUGUGUGCCUGGUGUGAAUUUUAACGUUUGAUAUCAGUUUAAAAUUUCAUUAUCUGAAAAUUAAUAACAGUCUAUACAAAAGAUUUUUUAUUAAUCUACAGAUCAGUAAUGAGCUGUUUCUAAUCUUCUUGUGUUAAUCUGUCUGUAAGAAAUCAAUAAUAAAUGUAUAUUGCAAAGGCACAAGUCCUUUAAAGGUGAAUUCAUUCAUAAAUGCUCAAAUAAUGAUCCUGUAAUGAGAAAGUAAACAUUUUUGUUGUAUUAUGUUAAAUUGUAAUAACCAAAGAAAAUGUUCUGUAUACUGUAUGUUGAUUUCAUAAAGAGUAUUCUUGGAAACUCUCGGCACAAGAUAAAAUUUCAAUGAAGAGUGCCUGAA